UAUAUACGCUUCUUUGCCUUCAGGUUACCUAUUCGAAGUUCAAAUAGCUAUUCGUUAUUCGUCUGAGAUCUCUCGUUAACCAAAAUAUUUUUGUAAUUAUAAAAUUACAGUCAAGUAAUGGGUGAGAAAGAAGGAGCUAAGCCUGAAGCCGAGAAGAAGCCCGCCGCCGAGGCCGGCGCUAAGAAAGACGACGGCAAGGUUACCGCCGUCUACAAGAUUGAUAUGCAUUGCGAAGGUUGUGCCAAGAAGAUUAAACGUUCGAUUAAACAUUAUGAAGGUGUGGAAGAUGUGAAAACUGAUUGUGAAGCCAACAAGUUAACGGUGAUUGGCAACGUGGAUCCGGCCAAAAUCAGGGAUAGGUUGGCCGAGAAAACGAAGAAGAAAGUCGAACUAAUUUCUCCUCAGCCUAAGAAAGAUGCCGCCGCUGGCGGUGGUGGUGACAAAAAACCCAACGUUCAGAAGAAACCCGAGGAGAAGAAAGAAGAGAAGAAAGAAGAGAAAAAACCACCGAAAGAGAGUACAUUGGUUCUGAAGAUUAGAACACAUUGCGAUGGCUGCAUUCACAAAAUGCGAAAAAUUAUUUUGAAAGUACAUGGGGUUGAAUCCGUGAGCGUUGACGGAGCCAAAGAUUUAGUAACGGUAAAGGGCACAAUGGACGUGAAAGACCUCGUUCCUUAUCUCAAGGAGAAGUUGAAACGUAGUGUCGACGUGGUUCCGCCCAAGAAAGACGACGGUGGUGAGAAAAAAGAUGCCGGCGAAAAGAAAGAUGCCGGCGGUGAUAAUAAAGAGAAAGGAAAAGAAGUUGCUGCUGCUGCCGGAGGCGAGAAGAAAGAAGGCGGUGGUGAAACGAAAGUGGAAGUGAACAAGAUGGAGUAUCAUGGGUACGGGUAUCCUCCACAGCCAAUGUAUUGGUCGGAUGGACACGUGUACGGUGGACCGAGUUCGAGUUAUGUGGUUGAAGGGUAUCAGAAUCACCCUCAUCAAGAGUACGGAUACGUGAAUCAGGGGUACAUGAGCAUGAAUCAAGGGUACAUGUCUCAUCCUGGUUAUGUUAAUCAGGGGUAUAUGAUGGACCCGCGGCAUCCUCUUCACGCGCCUCAGAUGUUCAGCGAUGAGAACCCAAACGCCUGUUCAAUCAUGUAAAGGGAAGGGAAAAUGAAAAUUAGAGUA